CGCGUCCAUGGCGCGUCUCCACGGCCCCGGGCAAGCCCGUGGAGAACCGGAGAAGAUGAGGCCCCGCUGGUCAUUGUUCUCCAAGAACGGGGUGAAAGGAGAGAAGAGGAUCUAUUUCUUCGUUCGACAAGUCCAAAAGUGCUCUUCCGCUCAUACAGGAAACCCUGUGGAGGAAAGGGUGCAGGGAUCCCUGGAGGAGUGGAAUUGUGCUCUUGUUUCCCUGAAAUAUUUCGAGUCUGAGCUAAAGGAGAUGUUUGGCACCAAUUGGACCAGGAUACACCACAGCAUAUAUCGUUAUGAAAAGAAGAAUGUAUAUGCGCUGCUGUAUAGCGACGUGACAGUUCGUCAUGCUGCCGAGAAGUCAAUAAAAAUUCAUCUUGCAAAGGAAAAAAUAUCCAAUUUGAGAGUCAUUGAUGAUCCCAACGGACAGAUUUUAAUUACUAUAACAGGUGUGAAGCCCAGUGGUAGAUCCGUUCGUUGUGUGUUUGUGGAUGCAAGUCUUGCAGACGAAUUCAUACACAGUUUGUCAGGCUCCCUCCGUUCUUCAUCGAGCAACGUUAGGGUUGGGGCAUGGAGCACUAUAUGAACACACUUAUAUGUUCGAAAUAGCAUCUCCUAUUGGAUAUGGGUUUUGUUUCUCUAAUUCUUUGAUGAGUAUCGAUUUCGUUUAUUUGUGCGGCCUGCUUCAAGAAGCUUCAGUUUUUGGCGUGAAAUAUAUGUUCAUCAUUCGAGACGAGUCUAGAAGAGUGAAGUUCCAUGUUUUUGUUAUGCUUAAAACGGAAGACAUUUGUUCUUAGAUCGAUAUUGUAAUAUUUUUUUAUACUGAGUUCAUUUUGUAAGCUGCCGUGCGGUGUUGUAACAUUAUCCCAAUAUAGUGAAGAUAUUUGCUGGCUGGCG